AUGUCUAAAGUACCUAUUCAAAGUUCUUUUAAACCUGAAGUAUACAAUUUUAGAUCUCUUAAAAAACAUAAAACUAAUGAUGAAUCUAAAGAAGAAAUACCUGAAAUAGAUCGCAAAAUUAUUUGUUUUCUUAGACAAUUGAAUUAUUCAACACGUAAAAUCGGAAAGCUUAUGGGGGUAGGAUCUUCUACGGUUUCUAAAACAUGGAAAAGAAAAGAAGAAACUGGAAGCGUUAAAGAUAGAAAAAGGACAGGACGUCCACGACUUCUUUUAUCUGAUGAUGAAAAAGAAGUGUUUGAUAUAUUAUCUUCUAAGAAGGGUUUGUCAGCUAGUGAACUACAUUUCAAUUAUACGGUACAAAAAAAUAAACACAUUUCAAAGGAAACAAUUAGAAAUGUGUUGAGAAAUAAUAAUUACACCUCUUACAUAAAACCUAAAAAACCCUUGCUUAGUAAAGAUUCUAAAGCGGAAAGAUAUAAGUUUGCUGAAGAACAUUUGAACUGGACUGCUAAUGAUUGGAAAAAAGUAGUCUUUUCGGAUGAGAGCAAAUUUAUACGUUUCGGGUGCAAUCAUCGUCAGUUUUACUGGAAACACCCGGGAGAUCCAUUUCAGGAUGAGUAUGUUAAAGGGAUGAAAGCAUUUGGAGGAGGUGGCGUAAUGAUCUGGGGUUGUAUUACCUCUCAAGGUGUUGGUCAUUUGUGUUGUAUUGAGAGUAACAUAGAUUCGGAAGCCUAUCGUAUAAUUUUAGCCAAAGAGCUUUUUGGUACCUUAUUACAAUACGAUUUAAGUGUUGAUGAUAUUAUUUUUCAACAAGAUCAAGCCCCAGCUCACAGAUCAGGCGAUACUAAAGAUUGGCUUUAUUACAGAAAUCUUGAAUAUUUUGACUGGCCUCCAUACUCACCUGAUCUAAAUAUAAUAGAAGAUCUUUGGAGUAUAAUAAAGCAACGUUUAGAAAAAUUACACGAACGAGAACCAGCUGAAACUCUAGAUCAUCUAUGGGAUCAAGUAAGAAGAAUAUGGGGUAUGAUCGAUAUUAAUAUUAUUAACAACUUAUAUGAAUCUAUGCCAGAAAGAAUAGCUGCGGUAUAUAAACAGAAGGGGGGUUAUAUAUGUAAAAAAAUGCUAAAAGAGAGUAAAAAAGAGAGUUAG